AUGGUUCGAUACGCACGUUCUGUCGAAAAUCCGGCUAAAUCAUGUAAAACUCGUGGUGCUUAUUUACGUGUUCAUUUUAAAAAUACACGUGAAACAGCGAAUGCCAUUAAACGCAUGACUUUACGACGUGCAACACGCUAUUUAAAGAAUGUUGUUAACAAAAAAGAAAUCGUUCCAUUCAAACGAUUUAACGGUGGUGUUGGUCGUAAAGCACAAGCUCAAGUAUUCAAAGUAACACAAGGACGUUGGCCAAAGAAAUCUGCCGAAAUUCUUUUACAAUUAUUGAAAAAUGCCGAAUCGAAUGCUGAUGUCAAAGGUCUUGAUGCCGAUCAUCUUGUUAUUGAUCAUAUUCAAGUAAAUCGUGCACCGAAAAUUCGUCGUCGUACAUAUCGUGCUCAUGGUCGCAUUAAUCCAUAUCAAUCAUCGCCAUGUCAUAUUGAAUUAAUCUUGAGUGAAAAAGAAACUAUCUUAACACGAACUGGCGGUGCUGUCGAAGAUGAACCAUCACAAAAGAAGAAAGAAUCGAAAAAGAAACUCAAACGACAAAAGAUGAUGAAUAAAGAAUAA